CAUCUGUGAGAGGAGGUGAUGCUUCAGAGGAGAGAAACAGGGGGAUUUUUGUAGUAACCAGGGCCCAUUUUCCUUCUUUAAAUUAGGAUACACACACAUAUAUAUGCACAUUCUUCCAAGGAAAGAAUCAGAGGAAAAAUGAGCCUAGACUCCUUGUUUCAGCAAAUCCUCCUGACAGAACAAAAGGCAGGGGAGAAACGGCGCUUCUUGCACCAAGUUAAACAAAAAAUAACACUAGGAUAUGAAAAAGCUAAAACAUUAAGGGAACAACUGGAUGAAGCAAAAACAAAACUUGAGGAAGAGGUUCAGCUGCUUUCUGAAAAGUUUUUUAACUUGGAACUUUUGAAGAAAAAGGAAGAGAGUCUGGAAAAGCAGAAAGAUGAACUUCUGUGUCAGAGAAGUAUUCUGCUUGAAACUUUUAUGGAUAUCAAGACAAAAAAUGCCAUGCAGGAUGAGAAAUUUCUGAAGGAACUUGCAGACUUCAACAACGAAUAUGCGUUAACAUCCAAUAGGGAGCUCUUAAUUAAAAACAGAGCUAAGGCUGAAAUAUGUGAAUUGGAGGAAAAAGAAAAUGUUUUGAGAAAUGAAAUAGAGUCAAUGGAGCACAAAAAUGCUCAAUUAAAAAUGUUUCAGCUACAAAAGAAUGAAUUGAAGGAAGAUUUAUUUACUCUCCAGAAGAAACUCAAAGAUUUGGAAAGUAAAAUAAGAGAAGCUAAACACACCACAAAGUGUUUAGAAAUGGAAAAAAUCCAGAUUUCUGAAAAACAUCAGACUGAUCCAGAAUGUGUAAGAUUUCUAAUUGCACUGGAUUGAUUUCUAAUGUUGUUCACAAGAACAUGGCAUCAUUUGGUGCAUUAGUGUCAAGGAAGCAUGGCAGAUCUCCAAGUUUUGCUUGUUGAAAGCAUUGGGCAUAAGUUUAAUUUCAUACAUUAUUUUCAAUUUCAUGUUUACUUCUUAACGUUCAGUACCAUACGCUGAUUGCGGUAGAACAGAAAUUGUCACAAUUUUUUUCUUUGUUAUAUUUUUUAUUCUUUGUUAUAUUUUUUAUUAACAAAAUCUCUUAGUAGAUUACAGAAAUCUCAGUGGAUAAGUAGAAUAAAAAAAUGUCUUUGGUUUAUUUCGCACCAUAUGUAAAAUGUUUUGUUUCAGAAUGACGGAAGGAAUCAAAAGCCUAUAUGAGAGAUAACACUAGUAGUUAGGAGAAUUCUUUUCUUGUGGCUAUGCCAUAUUGAGCAGAGGACAGAGUAAUUGUUUUUCAAGGCCCCUUUCAGCUCUGUCGUACUAUGAUAUUGCUUGUCAGUUCACUACUUGAACUAUGGAAUAAUAAUAUCCAUUAUAGGAGAACUUCAGUUGUCUAGCCUUUAUGCAUCUAUCCCAUUGAACAGAAAAAUCAGUUCACUUAAAUCUAAGGUAGCGGGGAGCUGAAAAUAACAUCACCAUCAGAUAUUAUAUCAUUUCACCUACAUAAUAAUACUUUAUUUAUAACUCACCCAAUCUUCCUGAAGGGAUUUGGGACAAUUUACAGACAAAAGUAAUGAAGUGAUAAUUUUUCAUUGCCAAAACAAACUGUCCUAAAUCAACUGGAGCUGUGGCGACCCGGGAGACCGAUGACGAGGCCCUCCUGGGUUCAUUGAUGCCAUAAUCGGCUUGAGGAGUGUGAUGACGAGGUCCGCCUGGGUCUGUUGAUGCUGUGGCGGCUUGAGAAGGAUGAUGACGGAGCCCUUCUGGGUUCGUUGAUGCCACGGUGGCCUGAGGAGGGUGAUGACAUCAAGCAUGUUAGCAAGAGCCAGCAUAGUGUAAUGGUGUGAGCACUGGACUACAACUUUAGAGGAGUCAGUAUGAAUCUCCGCUCAGCCAUGGUAACCCACUGGGUGAUUUUGGCAAGUCACACUCUCAGCCUCAGAUGAAGGCAAUGACAAACUUCUUUUGAACAAAUCUUGCCAUGAUAGGGUCACCUUCAGGUUGCCAUUUGUUGAAAACGACUUGAAGUUACACAACAAAAAAGAAUGUUAGCUAUAAUUUACUGACAUUGCUGAACGUGAAUGAAUAUAUAAAUUCUUUGAAAGAAAAGGCUUUUAUGAAGGGUUGCUUUUUAUGUUCCUUUCCCUAUCUAACUGAAUAUAUCAUUACUGUUAAGUUUUCCACAUAAUUAUCACAGACUCCAGCAUAGUUAAUCAAGAAUACUUGGGUGCUUUUGAAGUUAACAGGGCUAAAUUGGUUUAAAUUCUUGUGUGAUCCUGCAAUACGUGUUCGCUGACACUGGAAUUUAAAUUCUGAUGGCCUCCUGCUAUUACUCUCUGUCUUGCCAGUGAUUGCCCUGGCCCUUAGCCAGCACUUAGCAGACAAUCAUAAAGUAGACAGAAGGCUGUGACACCUCUGUUGAUAAGCAUCACUGGCACACCAGAGCAGAUACUGGUCAGCGUACACAGUCUGUAAAUUACGACUGCAAUAGUUAUGAGGAAAAAGGGAAACCAGAGUAGGAUCAGGUGUGAUCAUUACACCCAAAUUCCCAGAGCAGGCAAAGAAGAGCUAUCAAAUUAGGUCAGUGUUUGUAGGGGGUAAAUAACAUUGAGAGGUGGGCUGGGAUGUUAUAUUGCAGUACGUGUGAUCUAUGUCUGAGCUCCAGUCCUUCCUUGACUUGUUUUGGAACAAAAGGGAAAGAAAUUAGAACUGUCAUAUCAUCUUAAAGAAAGAGAAAGAUAUUUAUUGAAGACCUGACAGCUUAAAGAGCCUUUGAAUUAACAAUGACUCAGCCAGCUUUGCUACUGUCUGAAAGAGUAUUUCCAAGAUCCGACUGUACAAGCCAAAGCCUUCCCAGUACAGUUACCUUUUCCGUAGAACUCAGAUGCAAGCUGAAUCUUGAAGUGCACUAUAAUAAUUGUAAAUGCCUAGAUGAAAAAUGCUGAACAUUUUUCAUGGAAAUGUUUAUAUUCAGUUUCUAUACUUACAUUCAUUUAGAAAGGGUGACUUAACAGUACACAACUAGGUGCAAGAUAGGUCUAACCUAUAUUUUCCCUUAACAUUUGUCCUGUAGUAAUAUCCAGAUUUAUGCUGCCCUUUCCUCAUUUAUAUCAAUAGAGACAAAAUAAUUUACUAAGCAUAAAAGAGAAGCAAGUCCUUUAAAGAUCUCUAUGUUGAGGAACCUUUACACAAGCAAAAGAGCAUCAAUAUUAGGUGUAUUUUGCUAAAAUGCUUUCAAUCUCACGCCAGUUUUUGCAGGUUAGGUGUCACUACAGAGGAUCAGAGGCUUUGAAGUGCCCUGCUUGUGAGAAAGAAAUUUUACAGUAACAAAAUGCACUCCACUGACAGCAAAGAUCCACAGAGCCUUAAAACUAAAUGUAGUAUGCUUUGAAGAAAGGCCAUUAUCCUACUGGAUUAUAUGAUCAUGUGCCAGGAUAACAUGCUGCCUUAUUUCUUGCCCUGAAAAAUCAAUGGCAGAAUCUCACUGUAUUCUCAGCAUGCUUCAAAACAGCUUUAACAACAUACAGUUUUAAGGUGUUAAAUAUAAAAGUCAAAGGAAACAUGUCAUAAAAUACAGUUUUUUCCCCUAAGGAAAGUUUUUUGUUGGAUCUUGAAACCUUUAAAAUAAGUAGGACUGUUUUGAUAUCAAUAGUUAACUAUUUCUUCAAAGAAUAAACUUUAGAUGCACCAAUCAUAAUCACUUGUUUUCAUUUGCAAUGCCAGCAACAGUGCAUCUAGUGUGAUCUUAUUAUCUCUCCUGUAAAGGGCUUUUUUCUGUAACAAUAUUCCAUUUAAUGGGCUAAAUCCAGUUGCUAGCUAAAUCAGACCCAGCCCAGUAGCAUUGUGUCACGAAGCCAGGACUCUGCCAGUAUGCAGGCAGAGGUGAACCAAUAUAAACACCCAGCUUGUGUCAGUUUAAUGAAAGCAGCACUUACUGACUAUUUUCAUAGUCUAAAUAUAAAACAUAAAGAUAGCCCUCAGUCACAGAAUAUAAAACAAGGACUGAUAGCAAAUGCCAAUGCAGGUUCAGACAAAUACCAUAGUCAAAUGCCCAGUCAAGUAGUCAAAGGCCAAGAGUUCAAUGACUAAAGUCCAAGGAUCAAGAGUCUGAGAUUCAAGG